AUGUUUGACAAGGUGAAAGAAGACCUGCACCCCGACAAUCCGAAGUACAAUGUCAGUACAUCAUUCCGAGAUGAGGCCCAUGAUCUCAUUGCUUUACAUAACGAUUACAUGGACGGCACCGUCUCAAGAGGCUUGGAGGUUUUUAUGCGGAUGAUGGUCAUUGAGGAUCACGAUAAACUUCUUGCUAAGAUGGAUUGGUGUCUCACCCACGACGUAAAUCUCGAUUACUCCUUGCGAAAGUCUAUCAGCGCUGUGGCACAGGACGACAGGCGAACACUGACAGACAAUGCGCAUAACGCGAGAGAUAACGCUGAGUUACAACCCAUGGAGUUUCUCGGCGACAACCAUGUAGAUGGACCGCCGUUUGCGUGGGUCCUUCUCUGGAAUGGAAAAUACUCCAACGCUAUCGGGGAUUACGUGCCAAAACUCCUGAGGCAGCUGGGAUAUGUCUUUUGGGACAAAGAAAGAAUUAUCCAUAUGGAAGCUGAAGCUCUUAUUGCCAGGCAAUGGGAGAGUCAUCCAGGGUUGGUUGAGGAAAUAUUCUAUGAUCGUGGCUGGGCGCCUGCGGAAAGGCUACCUCAAGAGUCCGCGACGAACACUUUGGAGGGAUGGGAUAAUUAA